UAGGUGAGCGGUAGUGGGUGAUCGGUCGAGGUGGUGGUCCAGAGUGUAUCUCUUUCGGUGGGACCAUAUUUUGAAACACAUCUGCCCUGCAUCUCCACUGUUUCAAAGGCCUCUAGUUGAAGUGACACGGGUUUUUAAAAGUGUUUUUACGAUUCUGGUGACAAACUAACGACUUCUACAUUAUGCAAAGAAGAAACGGUCUUGAGAACCGGCAGAUCGUGUCGCGGUGAGAGAGCAAAGCGUUUCUGAACAUAGCCAUACAUACAGGCACAGAUGUUUCCACAUCCCGCAACGUCUUACUGGACUAUACGCCAUAAAAUAACCACAGAAGCACGACUACGUAAUCAAGGUGCGCGUUCUGCCACAAGCGGUUCAGCCACUUCCAUCACUUCUGCUCCCAUGAACGAUCUAUACACACCCAUCCCUUUCCCGCUCCCCCCGCGCCGCCUCCACCCAGACCUGGUGACAUGUCCUCCCCAUUACUGACGGCGACACCGAUCACCACCACCACAACCAUCAUAAUCAUGAGGAAAUAUUGCAGUCACCGAGAUAAAAUUGGAACAUGUCCCUUGAUGCUGAAUCUCAGGAGGAUGAACUGCUUGUGCUGGCUAGCAUCUACGAGGAAAGCUUUACAUCUAUCCAGGCAGAGGCGGAGGCAGAAGUUGAUGGCAGCAGCACAGCCCGUGGUGGUGUGCUGGCCAUCCACUUAGACCUUCCCCCAGACUUUACAUUGCUGUCAAGGCUCACAAAGGACACUGGUGAAGUUGUGGAGGAGAGGCACCAGGUGAAGUAUCUUCCCCCCAUCCACCUCCACUUCACCUUCCCAGCCAUGUACCCGUCACAGCACCCACCAAGCUUCACCCUCUCCUGCAAGUGGCUCAACAGGACACAGUUAACUCAACUGUGCCAAAAACUGGAUUCGCUUUGGAAGGAGAAUGAGGGCUGUGUGAUCACCUUCACCUGGGCACAGUUCCUGAAGGAGGAAGCCAUGGAUUUCUUAGAUUUAACUGACACAUUAGACUUAGAUACCAUAAAACCCACCUGCAUCUCUUAUGGCACAUCACACACCUGUGGUCUCAUGGCAGAUGUGAACCAAGAACAUAGUGGUGCUACAUACAGUCCUGGUGGGGAGAAAUGUGAUAAUAGUGAUAAUUCUUGUAGUAAUAGUGAUGGUGCUGCUGUUUGCACAAACACAACAUUAAGCAGGCAGAAUAGCCAGAAUUAUGACAACAGAGCCAUACAGGACAUUGGCCCCAAAACAAAUCUUCUUAACCUCUUAAGGGAUUACAACGAAGAGAUACAGAAAAAAGUGUUCAAGUCAAGAGUGUUUGAAUGCAAGGUUUGUUUCAUGGAGAAGCUGGGUGCCAACUGUCUUGAGUUUUGGCCAUGCCACCAUGUGUACUGCAAGGAGUGUAUGGCCUCCUUCUUCUCGGUCCAAAUCAGUGAAGGCAACAUCAAAUUCCUUAAGUGCCCUGAAGACAAGUGUGAUUCAGAAGCCAACCCAAAGCAGGUUCAGGAGGUGGUUUCAGCAGACUUGUACAAUCGCUGGGAUCAGAUGUUGCUUAAUUCAACGCUGUCAUCACUGGGAGACAUCCAGCCGUGUCCUCGCUUGCACUGCCAGUAUCCUGUCACCAUUGAGGAGGGUCAGGGCCAGUGUCCAUCUUGCAAAUUUGUUUUCUGUGGGAUAUGUCGGUUUGGCUGGCAUGGCAUUGAACCCUGCCGCCUGAAGCAUAGUGAGUCUAAGAAAAUCAUGGAAAUAUAUAUCAGUGGAACUGAAGACCAGAAGAAACUUCUUGAGGAUCAGUAUGGCAAGAAAUACCUGUGUUCUCUGAGAGAUGAAUAUCUCUCACUGAAUUAUUUAGAAGAGAACUCAAAAAGGUGUCCCAAGUGUCGUGCUAAAAUAGAGAAGAUGGAUGGCUGCAACAAAAUGACAUGCCAGCGGUGCAGCAUCUAUUUCUGCUGGCUGUGUAUGACCAUCUUGAACCUGGGGAACCCCUACAAGCACUACAAUGACCGCAACUCUCCGUGCUACAACCAACUCUUCCUGGGUGUGGAUGAGGAUGAAAUGUGGGGCUUCAAUGGUGAUGAUGAUGAUGAUGAUGAUGAUGAUGAUGAUGAUGAAGAUGAUGGUGAUGUUUAUGAUUAUGAAGUUAAUGUAUUGCAACUAUAGUAGUUUGGCAGCACUUAACCCCUUGAAUGUCAGGAUCACAAAAUAUAUUCAUAUAUCACUUUGAUAUUCAGAAAGGUUCUUGAUAAGAUUCAAAUGUUUAAUUUUUGUUUUUUUGUUGUAGUCUUAUUAUAACUUGUUUUUAUUCUAAUACAGUAAGCUACAGUGCUUUCUAAAAGCGGUAGAAAAUUGUAAUCUUAGUCAAGAAGGAAAUUGUUGCUUCAGUUGUAACCAAAAAUCUGGUGCAUUUCAAAUGUUAAUUUGAAUUGAUUUGAAUAAUUGUUAUGAGUUAGUUAAAGGAUCUUUAAAUUAAUUUUGUAGAUUAUAGGCUCUGUUAUAUUAGUUAAAGAAAUCAUAUAAUUUUGAGUAUGAAUAUUUUUGCAGAUUUCCUUUAAACUCAAGAAGAUAUUAUAGAAAAUUACUUUUAAAUAGCAAACUUGACUUGACCACCUGAAAGAAAAAAUGACUGGACACAGAAAAGUAUCUGAAAGAGUGCAGGUAACAAAAUGUAUGAUUAAUUUUUAAAGGAUUUAAUGUUUAUUAACAUGUGUACUGUACAUUUCAGGAAAGUUGAAUAUUUUUAAUAUUUUGUUUGCAUUUUACUAUUCCUAAUUAACCCUCUCAUGUACCAGUAAGUUUCGCAAGUUUUCUUUCCAAUACCUCUUCUGUUGGCAGGCAUUUAUGGCCUCUCUGCAUGCCUUGCAAAAUUUUGAUUUUAGAAGCAGUUUUCUUUCCAUGGAAACUCAUAUGUAGGCAUGUACUGAAUAUCAUUAGAUUCACAAGGAAAUUACCUUUAUGAUAAUCACAUGAAAAGUUAAUUAUAAAUUAAUUUCACUAAUUUUUUUCCCUCAAAAAUAAAUACAAAAAAUAAAUAAAUAAAUAUUCAUGACCUCAUAGCCUAGAAUUUUUCCUGUGAUUAUUCUGCAUGCUACACCACAUAAACCAUCUUUUUAUUAGCUUUUACAAUGGUACUAUUGGCAUCUCAAGAAAAUAAAGAAAAACUGAAUUCAGCAUUCAUCUCGUAUUAUGUGCAGACAGCCAGAGUCAUGGGCCGAAACUGACAAAUCAUCCAGCAGUCAGCCUAUUCUGGGAUACAUCAGCGUUGAUAAUUCAUUACUUUUGUAAAACUUGUGCUCAUCUUUGACUCACCAAAAAUUGACACUAUUUUUAAUGAAUCUGAACAAGUUUUUGACACUUGUGCAUUGGUGCAGUUUUGCAUGAAGAUAUUUUGAUACACGAGUCCAGUGCGUGAGAGGGUUAAAAAAAGGAAAAUUAAUGCUUUAUUUAUUUAUUUUUUUAUCUAUUUAUUUAUUUAUUUUUAUUCAUUUAUUUAUUUAUUUAUUUAUUUAUUUAUGUAUUUAUUUAUUUAUUUAUUUAUUUAUUUAUUUAUUUAUUUAUUUAUUUAUUUUUAUUUGCUAUUUUUUUAUUUUUUGUCUGUGUGUGUGUGUGUGUGUGUGUGUGUGUGCGCGUAUGUGUGUGUGCGCGUAUGUGUGUGUGUGUGUGUGUGUGUGUGUGUGCACACGUGUGUGCAUGCGUGCAUGCAAGUGAAGACAUUCAUUAAUCUCAGUCUUGUUUUAUAUGAUGCAGUCAGUUAAGUGGGUUACAUAAGUAUGGAUUUAGUGAUAUUUCAUGAUUAGCUAAUUUUUUUCACAGAAUGUAGAUGUCUUCUGUUCUUCCUUUGAUAAAUGGGGUCAUUACUAUUAUUAUUUAGUAUUAUGGUAUUUGAUAUCAAACUAUAAUUGUUAUUUGAGUAGAAGUAAGACCAGUUAUAAUGUAGCAAGACGGGCUUACAAACUGGCCGUCAGAAAUCACUGGCAUGUGGUAUUGCUGGGUUAUUUUUGUCUGUCUUUUAAGACAUCAUGAUGCUGUAGUAGUAGUAGUAUUAGGUAGUAGUAGUAGUAGUAGUAGUAGUAGUAGUAGUAGUAGCAGCAGCAGCAGCAGCAGCAGCAACAACAACAUCAACAGCAACAGUAGUAGUUAUGAUAGUAAUAGUGAUCACCCUAUUGUUCCACACUUUUGACAAGCAUAUUCAGUGUGGAAAGCAGGUUUUGAAAUUUUUUUUUAUUAGUUACUAAAAGUGAUCUUUAUAGAGUUGUAUGUAAAGUUUUAUAAGGGGCAAGUGGGAAGCUAGUCAUAAGGUGCCUGUGAUGGGUGAUAUGCUGAGUGGAUAUUGAGGAUGCUUAACCCUUCCAUCGCUAGGCAGAUUUGACAGCAAUUGCCUCCUUGUGCCUGCAUUUUUGCAAGGAAAGUAAACUUUCAAUGGUCUUUCUAAUUUAUUUAUAAAGUUGGAAAAAAUACUAGUUGACUUCGUUAAAAGUACAAUCCUCCUCUUGAAGAUGAUACCAGACACAACAGUGUUUUAUAUUGUAUGAUUAUAAUGGUGGUGACAAGAAUGAAAAUAUGUAAAUAUUAGGCAGAUUAGAAUUUGUGGUGCUUGUAUUUUGACUCGUUCCCUCUAUUUAUUUAUUCGCAUAACACACACUGUGUUUAUGUGCUGUUCUUAUGCAUUCUGCAGUCUUCACAAAGUAUGACACAUGGCAUUUCAAUGCAUGCCACAUAUGCGAUGCCCAGUAGAAUCAUUCAGGUAUGUUGUGGAAAUCUACAUGAUGAAGUAGCCAUAUUGUAACACUCCCUACUCAGUGUCCUGACUCUUUGGACCAAACAGUGGCAAUGGCAGUAAAGUUUAUUUUCAUUAAAUAUGCUUUUGUUUAUUUAUUUAUUUAUUUAUUUUAUUUUUAUUUAUUUAUUUUUUUUAAGUUUAGGACCAUUCCACUUGUCUUCCAAAAAAAAUAUAUAGAACGAAAGAUCAUGGAGGAGGAAGAUAGUUGUAUGAGGAUAAAUUGGCUAUGGAUGUUUAAAGAGCAUUGUUUAAAUUACUAAAAUAAACAACACAGCCCAAUAGUUGGUAAUUUAUAUUGAUAAAAUGCUGUGUUGAUAUUAAUUUUUCAUAUUGUAUGAAAAAUACCUGCUUGUCCAUAAAUCAUGCUUUAGUUAAUUGAUAAGUAUGAGUGUACUGUGAAUUAUUUCAGAAAAUGUUCAAAUAAUAUUUUUUUACCCUGAGAAGUAUGUUUAUAUUUUAAACCCAAGGAACAGAAAUCAUGUUGACAAACAUGAAAGACUUGUCUCAAGCUUGAUAAUAUCCAAAACUUAAUAUGCAUUAUAUAUACAUUAAGUAAUUUUCAAGCAUCUUUAGUUUGGCAUUUUGGUAUACUGUACUGUGCCAUGAUGAAGCUGCAUAUUGUGUGUGCAAUUAUUUAUCUACUCAUAUGUCUUGUAUUUAUUUAUUCUGAUGACAUUUAUGAAACUUGUAUAAGAAAUAAAGUGAAA